UAUGUGAUCAACGAGGCAAGCCAGGGGCAGCUGGUGGUGGCCGAGAGCGAGGCCCUGCAGAGCCUGCGGGAGGCGUGCGAGGCGGUGGGCGCCACCCUGGAGACCCUGCAUUUCGGGAAACUGGACUUCGGGGAAACCGCCGUGCUGGACCGUUUCUACAACGCAGAUAUCGCUGUGGUGGAAAUGAGUGAUGCUUUCCGGCAGCCAUCCUUAUUUUACCAUCUGGGAGUUCGAGAAAGCUUCAGUAUGGCCAACAACAUCAUCCUCUACUGUGAUACCAACUCCGACUCUCUUCAGUCUCUGAAGGAAAUCAUUUGCCAGAAGAAUACUAUGUGCACUGGGAACUACACCUUUGUCCCUUACAUGGUGACACCGCAUAACAAGGUCUACUGCUGUGACAGCAGCUUCAUGAAGGGCUUGACGGAGCUUAUGCAGCCCAACUUUGAGCUGUUGCUGGGGCCCAUCUGCUUACCUCUUGUGGAUCGUUUUGUUCAGCUUUUGAAGGUGGCGCAAGCAAGUUCCAGCCAGUAUUUCCGGGAAUCUAUACUCAAUGACAUCAGGAAAGCUCGGAAUCUAUUCACUGGUAAAGAAUUGGCAGCAGAAUUGGCAAGGAUUCGGCAGCGGGUGGACAAUAUUGAAGUUUUGACGGCAGACAUUGUCAUCAACCUGUUGCUUUCCUACCGAGAUAUCCAGGACUAUGACUCUAUUGUGAAGCUGGUAGAGACUCUGGAGAAAUUGCCAACCUUCGAUUUGGCCUCGCAUCACCACGUGAAGUUUCAUUAUGCAUUUGCACUGAACAGGCGAAAUCUCCCUGGAGACAGAGCAAAAGCUCUUGACAUCAUGAUCCCCAUGGUACAAAGUGAAGGACAAGUUGCUUCCGAUAUGUAUUGCCUCGUUGGCCGAAUCUACAAAGAUAUGUUUUUGGAUUCCAAUUUCACUGACACUGACAGCAGGGACCAUGGAGCAUCUUGGUUCAAAAAGGCAUUUGAGUCUGAGCCAACACUACAGUCAGGAAUUAACUACGCAGUCCUCCUGCUGGCUUCUGGGCACCAAUUUGAAUCCUCCUUUGAGCUUCGGAAAGUUGGGGUGAAGCUGAGCAGCCUUCUGGGUAAAAAGGGGAACUUGGAAAAUCUCCAGAGCUACUGGGAAGUUGGAUUUUUUCUGGGAGCCAGUGUCCUGGCCAAUGACCAUCUGAGAGUCAUUCAAGCAUCUGAAAAGCUAUUCAAACUGAAGACACCAGCAUGGUACCUCAAGUCUAUUGUGGAGACAAUUUUGAUAUAUAAGCAUUUUGUGAAACUGACCACAGAGCAGCCCAUGGCCAAGCAGGAACUUGUGGACUUUUGGAUGGAUUUCCUGGUUGAGGCCACAAAAACAGAUGUUACUGUCGUUAGAUUUCCAGUAUUGAUAUUAGAGCCAACCAAAAUCUACCAGCCUUCUUACCUGUCUAUCAACAACGAAGUCGAGGAGAAGACAAUAUCUAUUUGGCACGUGCUUCCUGAUGACAAGAAAGGUAUACAUGAGUGGAACUUCAGUGCUUCCUCUAUCAGAGGAGUAAGCAUCUCCAAGUUUGAAGAGCGCUGCUGUUUCCUUUAUGUGCUUCACAAUUCUGAUGAUUUCCAGAUCUACUUCUGCACAGAGCUGCACUGUAAAAAGUUUUUUGAAAUGGUGAAUACCAUCACCGAAGAGAAGGGCAGAGGCACGGAAGAAGGAGACUGUGAAGGUGACUCCCUAGAGUAUGACUACGAAUAUGAUGAAAACGGUGACAGAGUCGUGUUAGGAAAAGGCACUUAUGGGAUAGUCUAUGCAGGUCGAGACCUGAGCAACCAGGUCAGAAUUGCUAUUAAGGAAAUCCCAGAGAGAGAUAGCAGAUACUCUCAGCCCCUGCAUGAAGAAAUUGCUUUGCACAAGCAUCUGAAGCACAAAAAUAUUGUCCAGUAUCUGGGCUCCUUCAGUGAGAAUGGCUUCAUUAAAAUCUUCAUGGAGCAAGUCCCUGGAGGAAGUCUUUCUGCUCUCCUUCGUUCUAAAUGGGGCCCAUUAAAAGACAAUGAGCAAACAAUUGGCUUCUAUACAAAGCAAAUAUUGGAAGGAUUAAAAUACCUUCAUGACAAUCAGAUAGUUCACCGGGAUAUAAAGGGUGACAAUGUAUUGAUUAAUACCUACAGUGGUGUUCUCAAGAUCUCUGACUUCGGGACAUCAAAGAGGCUUGCUGGCAUAAACCCGUGUACUGAGACCUUUACAGGCACCCUGCAGUAUAUGGCACCAGAAAUAAUCGAUAAAGGACCUCGAGGCUAUGGAAAGGCUGCAGACAUUUGGUCUUUGGGCUGCACAAUCAUUGAAAUGGCCACUGGAAAACCACCAUUUUACGAACUAGGAGAGCCACAAGCAGCCAUGUUCAAGGUGGGGAUGUUUAAGGUCCACCCAGAGAUCCCAGAGUCCAUGUCUGCUGAGGCCAAGGCGUUCAUCCUGAAGUGUUUUGAACCAGACCCUGACAAAAGAGCCUGUGCUAAUGACUUGCUUAUCGACGAGUUCUUAAAAGUGUCCAGCAAAAAGAAAAAGACACAGCCCAAGCUUUCAGCUCUCUCGACUGGAUCGAAUGAAUAUCUCAGAAGUAUCUCCCUGCCGGUCCCUGUUCUGGUGGAAGACACCAGCAGCAGCAGCGAGUAUGGCUCUGUUUCUCCUGACACGGAGCUGAAGGUGGACCCCUUCUCAUUCAAAACCAGAGCCAAGUCCUGCGGAGAAAAGGAUGGGAAGGGGAUACGGACACUCUUCUUGGGCAUUCCAGAUGAAAACUUUGAAGAUCACAGUGCGCCCCCUUCCCCUGAGGAGAAAGACUCUGGCUUCUUUAUGCUGAGAAAGGAUAGCGAAAGGCGGGCUACCCUCCACAGGAUCCUGACAGAAGACCAGGACAAGGUCGUGCGGAACCUGAUGGAGUCACUGGCCCAGGGUGCUGAAGAGCCGAAACUAAAAUGGGAACACAUCACAACCCUCAUCGCGAGCCUCAGAGAGUUUGUGAGGUCCACUGACCGAAAAAUCAUAGCCACUACACUGUCAAAGCUGAAGCUAGAGCUGGACUUUGACAGCCAUGGCAUCAACCAGGUGCAGGUGGUACUCUUUGGUUUCCAGGAUGCGGUCAAUAAAGUUCUCCGGAAUCAUAACAUCAAACCACACUGGAUGUUCGCCUUGGACAGCAUCAUCCGAAAGGCUGUGCAAACAGCUAUUACCAUUCUGGUUCCAGAGUUGAGGCCACACUUUAGCCUUGCAUCCGAAAGUGACACAGCUGAUCCAGAAGACUUGGAUGUCGAAGAUGAGCAUGAGGAAUCCCAUUCGAAUCAAACUGUCCGUAGACCUCAAGCCGUCGUCAUUGAGGAUGCGGUGGCUACCUCGGGAGUGAGCACGCUCAGCUCCACUGUAUCCCAUGAUUCCCAGAGCGCUCACCGGUCCCUGAAUGUGCAGCUUGGAAGGAUGAAAAUAGAAACUAAUAGAUUACUUGAAGAGUUAGUACGGAAAGAGAAAGAGUUACAAGCACUCCUUCAUCAAGCUAUUGAAGAAAAAGACCAGGAAAUUAAACACCUGAAGCUUAAGUCCCAACCAAUAGAUAUCCCUGGGUUUCCCAUGUACCACCUGAACUCUGCUGGCACAACCACUGAAGAUUCUGAACUUACUGGCUGGCUGAGAGAAAAUGGAGCUGACGAGGACACUAUCAGUCGGUUUCUGGCUGAGGAUUACACACUAGUGGAUGUUCUCUACUAUGUCACACGCGAUGAUUUAAAGUGCCUCAGACUAAGGGGAGGGAUGCUGUGCACGCUGUGGAAGGCCAUCGUUGACUUUCGGGCCAAACGCGCCUGACAGCAACUGAUUUACCCUUCAGUGGAGAUUCUGGACAUCAACACAGAAAGAAUGCUCUCCUUUGCAGAGGGGAAGGUGAAGGGAGAAGACAAAGAAGCUGCACUUUAAAAUCCAGUAUUUGUUUACUCGUGUCCAAAAAAAAAAAAAGACAACACACUGAAAUUUCCUAACUUCUGUUUCUACAAAAUUCCUAAGGACUGUUCGUAAAGGCUUUCAGAAUAAUCCUAAUUAGAAUUCUAAUGCUGAGGACUGUUUCAGUCUGCACAUUUUGAUGGAGAUAUUUCUAAGUCAGCAGCUACUGCAUUUCAGCCCAGUGUUUAUCAUGGAAGAGACAGAACAUUUCGUGUGACAGUGUACCACUGGAACAAAAUCAAAAUGUGACCACAACUUUUUAAGGGUUCUGUGUGUGUGUGAUGUGCCCUGAGCAUCUGGGCAGAAAUACAUAAUUUGGAUCGUUGUAUAAAGUUCUUUUUUUUUUUUUUAAGUGUGCAGAAUCUAAGAGUAAUGGUUUCUACUCUCUGUGCAAAUUGUCAUAUUGACUGUAUUUUGUAACUUAAGUUUCUGGCCCGAGUGUGUUUGUUAGAGGUGUUUAUGUACUACUGAACUGCACCAGUUGCACAUGCCUGGAUCAUAGUGAUGUUAGCUUGUUCUAAAGCUAUCCAUUGUGUCAUAUUUACUCAAAAGUAAAAGAUUGCCAACAUGCUACUUUGAUAAAGUCCAGAACAUUUUUACUUUGUGCUGAUGAACUAAAUGACUGGGUUAAAAUUUGGUGGGUUUGUUUUUUUCUUCAAUUAUGACAUUAAGUAGAAUCUGUCUCUAUUCAAGCAAUGAAGGGACAGCUGGGAUCCAGAUUGUUCCUUGGGGAAAACACAGGGGCACACGAGAGUGGUAAAAGUGAGAAAAAAUUAAAAAUUCAGUGUAUUUUUCCCAAUACCCCCACAUUACCUUGAAAAAGUAAGACACCAUUCUAUAUCUUAUGAGGUUUGCAAGAAGGAUCCUAACAGACAUCACUUUCUUUUCUGUAUCCUUAAUGUGGUUCUCAUAUUUGGGGAUUUCUUGAGACAAAUAUUAUAUUUUUAUGAGCCUUCCCAAGUUAACAGGAUGAGAUCUGGAGCUUGUAGAUGGAUAAAUAAAAUCAAUUUCCUAUA